UGGGAGGUGUAGGGGUGUGCGGACGUUUUUGUUUCCGGUAUAAGAUGGCGGCAGCGAAUGUGCUUCGGAGUUACUGUCGCGCUGUGAGACAGCUGCUCUGUGUUCCCCAUAUUAGAUUGUACAGCAGCUUUUGUUUGCUAAAAGCAAAGCACACUUUGGAGCUUGAUAAGUCUCUGUGGAAGGAUCAACAUCAGCACAGGUUGUUCAGAACAACUGUUGUUUCACAUAGCCAGAUUGUCCAGUUCAAGCUGUCUGAUAUUGGAGAAGGAAUUACAGAGGUGACUGUGAAAGAAUGGUAUGUAAAAGAAGGUGACAUUGUAUCUCAGUUUGACAGCAUCUGUGAGGUGCAAAGCGACAAGGCCUCAGUUACAAUCACCAGUCGUUACGAUGGUGUCAUUAAAAAACUCUAUUAUAACUUAGAUGAAAUUGCACAUGUGGGGAAACCUUUAGUGGACAUAGAAACAGAGGCCUUAAAAGCUGUAGCUUCUGAAGAGGAUGUGGUAGAGACGCCUGCUGUGUCCCAUGAAGAACACACACACCAGGAGAUUAAAGGCCACAAAACCUUAGCAACGCCAGCUGUUCGCCGGCUUGCCAUGGAAAACAAUAUUAAACUGAGUGAAGUUGUUGGGACAGGGAAAGAUAAUCGCAUCCUCAAGGAAGACAUUCUCAAUUAUUUGGCCAAGCAGACAGGUGCCAUUUUACCUCUGUCAACCAAACCUGCAAUGAUCCCAUCUUUGCCAAAAACAGGCGCUGCAAGUGACAAGUUGGAAGGGAAGACUUCUAAAAUUCCAGCACCCAUUUCCAUACCCAUUUCCAUACCUGUAGGUUUUUCAGGGAAAGAUAAAACAGAGGCCUUAUCAGGGUUCCACAAGACAAUGGUGAAGACCAUGACUAUUGCGCUGAAAAUUCCUCACUUUGGUUAUUGCGAUGAGGUUGAUCUAACACAACUCAUCAAGCUGAGGGAAGAGUUGAAAUCAGUAGCAGAUGUACGGGGAGUUAAACUCUCUUUCAUGCCCUUCUUCAUAAAGGCAGCUUCUUUGGGUUUAUUACACUACCCUAUUCUUAAUUCUUCUGUGGAUGAAAACUGUCAAAACAUCACCUACAAGGCUUCUCACAACAUUGGAGUAGCUAUGGAUACAGGACAAGGAUUGGUUGUCCCUAAUGUAAAAAAUGUUCAGAUCCGCAGCGUGUUUGAAAUUGCAUCAGAAUUAAACCGCUUACAGAACUUGGGGUCUGCAAACCAGUUGGGAACGAAUGACCUCACAGGAGGAACUUUCACACUCUCUAAUAUUGGCACAAUUGGCGGUACUUAUGCCAAACCAGUGAUACUACCUCCUGAAGUAGCCAUUGGAGCUCUUGGAAAAGUACAAAUCCUUCCUCGUUUUAACAGUGUGGGUGAAGUAUUUAAAGCACAGAUAAUGAAUGUGAGCUGGUCUGCUGAUCACAGGAUUAUCGAUGGUGCAACCAUGGCACGGUUUUCUAACUUGUGGAAAUCUUACUUGGAGAACCCUGCUUCUAUGCUACUGGAUCUUAAGUAAUGAAGACUAAUGGCCAGUAUUUUAAUUUGGGGAUGAUAUCAAGCUAGCUAUGCUAGCAAGUGUCCUUAAUACUACAUUUCUUAACUCACUAUGACAUUGAGAUUGAUUGGUCCUUUCAGACCUCCAGUCAGUGUACUGAUUGACCUUGUUACAGUCUGUUCAAAUGAGUAUUUUAGCUGUAAGUUAUUUGCGUAGGGGCUGUUAUAAGUUACGGGACAGAGUGGCUCCUGAGGAGGGCGGUGGGAAAUUUUUAAUGACGAGACACUGACAAUAUCAGAAGAAAGCUGCUGUUAGUUGCAGUGCUUUUAUUUCAACUGCCUGCGUUGCUUAGAAAAUUAAUUAUGUUAACAACUGUUGGGGGGGGAGACUUUCUUUUUGACAAAACAUAAAAAGAUGUUAGAAUAAUUAACGCACAAAUCACGGAAACACAAAAUGCCUCUGUGCUUGUCUUGAUAUAAUUGGCGAUGGAUUUUUCUUUCACUUAACUUUUGUUUUUCUAUUUUUUAAAAAAUGUUCUUUGAACCUAAAAUAAUUCUUGGGCACACCAUUAAUUACUGAAAUUAAUUAUAUAAUGCCUAGACACCAUAUAUACCUACAUUGUAUAGCCAUAACAUAAAGUAUGAAGCAGGCAAUCAUAUGUAAGACUGUGGCAGUUUCAGUGGCAUUUGUUCAUUACGCAGCUUGCCAGUGGUCAGCUCGUGAAUCAUAUUUGUCCAUGUGAAUGUGUACCUGAAGGUGCUACUAGAAGGUCCUAAGAAAGGAGGAGAAAUACGCAAUACUAGAAGGACCAUUUAAAACAAAUAAAUAAAGCAAAUACUUUCCCUUGUUAAAAAUUUCCUGGAAAAACCAUUAGGAUAAAAAAAGGGAGCUAGCAUCAGUUAAAAGAUUUUUAUAUUACAGCACUGGGAUUCACACUCCUCCCCCCCCCCCCCCGCAUGCUGUCUCCUAGAUUUAAAUGCACUGUGUUUGCUUUUUCUAAGAGUGGGCAUAGCAUUAGUUGUCAGAAGAUAUUGGGUUGGAUCCAACAUACCAGUUGUUCUAGUGGCAGCACAUUCUUCUGGUACCAGGAGCUUUCUGUUAAUGGACAAAAAAAAGUCCUUUUGCCUAGGAGGAAGGCUUCUUGGGCUGGAGGAACAUGAAAGAGGUCUGCGGGACCCAAGCCAAUGCUUUUAGACAACAUACAGCCACUUAUUGGUCAAGGUUAAAAGUAGUCUUAAAAGCUACUUAUGUUUGUUUACAGGCUAUGAAUGAAACUGCUGUAUGCCUUAAAAGAAAAAAAAGUUCCAAAAAUAAUAUGGGAAAUAGCAAUGUGAAUAAAAUGCUCAGCAGAAACUUAGAAGCACAUAUAGGGGUCGUGCUUCAUCAUCUUUGAAAGCUUAUUUGACUCAGUAUCCCUGCAAACUAAAAUUUUUGGUAAAUAGAUUCUGUAAUGCAAAGAAAUAAACAAAAAGGCCUUUGUGAAAUAUCACCUGAUGGGGGGGAAAGCUGACAUAAGGCUUCAUUUACAUAUAACAAAGGCCUUGUGCUUGAUAGGGAGCAACAUGGUGCCAUGAAAUUGCUUAGGUGGUUAUAUUUAGGUUUCACAAUGGAAAGGACUGAAUAGCUGCUCCAUGGGGUAGGUUAAGGAAAGGGUGGGGGGCUACAGCCACUUCUCCCUUUCUGCUGUGAUCAUAAGCAGAAAAGAAUCAGUGUGCAUCUGUGAGGCACAAAGUUCCAUUGGAGGUGUGGUAGAGUCCUCCUAUUGUUGCCCAACAAACACACAACUUUGUAAUGCGUAGAUGGAUAAGACUGGAGUCCUUGUAUGUGUUGCUAUGAAGUCCUUGGGUAUGAGAGAGGUCAGUUACUGCUUGCAUCUCCUGUACAACCAUGAGAAACUUUCUGUUAGUUUUGGAUGAUUUAAACAUUAAUUAUAUUGUAUAAUUUUGUUUUGAUUUCCAUUCUUCAAUAAAGCUUGUUUUAUUAC